AUGUCGCGCUCCUUUCGCGCCGCACGCACCGAGGACGACGCCCCGCCCACGGACUGGCUGGCAGAGCUGCCGCACGAGCUGCACCUCCGCAUCCUCGAGGGCGUCGACGACUUCUCCGACUGCGCCGCCUUCAGCCUCGCGUCGCCGCGCCUCGGCCUCCUCGCGCUUCGCAGCGGCCUGGCGCGCUUCAAUGACCCGCUUUUCGCCGUGGCGAUACGGCUGCAGAUCGCGCAGCAUUGCGUUGGUUCGGUCGGCACAGUGUCGGUGACGCUCAGCGAGGACACCCUUCGCAGAUACGCCGCCGACCGCCGUGCCAGCGCCGACCACUUCCUGUGGCUUGCGAGGGUGAGCCCGGCGCUCCGCCUCUCGUCGGAAGUGGAGGGCGCUGGAGAGCGCCCGAUCGAGGUCUGGAGGCUGCGGCGCGGUGAGAAUGGCGCGAAGCUGCGGGUGCGUCUCUUGCACAGCGGCCUGGUGGAGCACUACGAGGGCGAGAAAGGAGCGGAGCGGAAAGUGCGCGCUGAGCUUGCCAAUGGCGUGGUGCAGUACUUCGAGGGCGACAAAGGCGCGGAGCGGAAGGUGCGCGGGCAGUUUGACGGCCAGGUGAAGUACUACGAGGGCGAGCGAGGAGCAGAGCAGAAGGUGCGCCUGGUGUUUCCCAAUGGCAACGUGAAGUACUACGAGGGCGAGAAAGGUGCGGAGCGGAUGGUACGCGCGGUGUAUGCCAGCGGCCGGGCGAAGUACUACGAGGGCGAGCGAGGUGCGGAGCGGCUGGUGCGCACGGUUCGUGCCGACGGCCAGGUGCAGUACUGUGAGGGCCAGUGA